AUGGAUGACUUCGACCGAGACUCCAAUGCCAGCUCAGACGAGCAGGAGGAUGAGCUGAUGGUCGAUGCGGACGACCGCGAGAACAACGACCAGCCCGAUGAUCAAGACCACGACGACGAUGAGAACGAGAACGACGAUGAUGACGAUGACGACGGCGACAACGAUGACGAUGAUGACGAGAAUCAGACCCAGGACCAGCAGCGCCGUGGUAGCAACGAUGCUACCAAUGAUGCGUCGACGUCCCAGCCCACGGUCACGCGCACCUCGGCGACACCAGCGCCCUCGUCUGCGACCCCCAGAUGGCUCCCAUCAGUCCGGCCUGAGGCACUGAAUGCCACCACGUACGAUAUCGUGCCCACCAUGGCCGCGCCAAUGGCCACCAGCGUCAAUGCCAUCUCCAUUACGCCAGAUCUUCGUUAUUGGGUGGCCGGCGGUUCCGACGGGUAUAUCAGGAAAUACCAUGGGCCGGACACCAUAAACGGGAAGCAGCUCCUUACUGUCGCCCAAAGACACCCCUUUGUCGACUCGGUGGUCAAGUCAGGGGUUCUCAUGUCGUACUGGGAGAAUGCCGAGCCACAGACACCCUCGAUGCGGGCCGAGGAUGUUGUGCUGAGCCCCGUAUAUUCUUUGGCCGUCCACUCCCAGGCUCUGUGGUUGCUUUCGGGACUCGAGAGCGGUGGAAUUAAUCUCUUCAGCGUGCGCCACGACGAGGGCAAGCGGAUUGCCUGCCUGCAGAAACACACCAACGCUGUCAGUGUGCUAAAUCUCUCGGCUGAUGAGAAGAGCGUCUUGAGUGGCAGUUGGGACAAGAAUAUCUUUGACUGGGACUUAAACACGGGCGCGGUUAAACGCCAGUUUGACGGCAGUGGCAGUCAACUAUCAGCCCUUGAAACAAGGCCCAUGAGUGGUACGCCGUUCCCACCCGAAGCUGCGGAAGAAGAUACCCUCGGCGACACCUUCUUUUCCAACAACAGUGCUCCCCCGGCUGGGGAUUUCGACUUUUCGAUGGAAGGGGUGGAUGGUGCCGCCAACGGCGUUGUCAACGGAGAUAUUGGCAAUUCAUUUGGGAAUGAGAACAACGGCGCCGAUGGUGGGGUCAAUGGCGCAGACAUGAACGGCCAGGCGAGCCCGACGAAUGACAGUCUCUUUGGCGGCAGUCCCGGUAACGCCGAUGAUCUAUUUGGAGACAACUUCGGUGCUGAUGAUGAGAACGGGUUCUCCCGGGCCAUGAUGCAGGACUCGGCGCAAGACGCUGCACAAGAUGCUGCUCAGGACACGAAUGUGCAACCUGGCACUACUGGCGACAAUACGAUAACCGACUUUGACAUGUCGCUGCCUACAAUUGACGGGACGAACAAUGAGGAGAGCCACGAUGCCGUAAACGGCGACUUACCCAACAGCAACGCGAUGAGCGCAGGUGAUGUCAAUGUUGACACCAGCUUUGAUAUCACACAACCGACAGAGCAAAUCACAGACUUCUCACAACCUGUAGAUACCGAACCAGGACAUGCGCCGCAGUCUCCAUCUGCGUUCCUUGAUUCAGCAGCGCCAGCACCAGAAUCUCCUUCUGCUAUAUUUGCCGAAGCCCCGGCUGCUCAGUACGAUAUCACGCAAACUUCAGACUCCACAUUCCUAUCUGCUUCCAUUGACGGGACGCUCCGCAUAUGGGACCGCCGCGUGCCCAAUCCGGUCGCCCGUAUCGGUAACCGAAUCGGGGUACCCCCAUGGUGUAUGGGCGCCUGCUGGUCACCGGAUGGUAACUGGAUCUACGUUGGUCGGCGAAACGGCACCGUUGAGGAGUUCAGCGUGGAAAAAGCCAGAGGAGGACAUAAGGGCUGGCAACCUGAGCGGGUGUUGAAGUUUCCAAACGGCAGUGGACCUGUCAGCUGCGUCCGCCCUAUGCCCAACGGUCGUCAUCUUAUCUGCGCCUCGCACGAUAUCCUGCGAUUGUACGACGUCAAAGCCGAUGAGAAAUCAUCAAAACACUCUGCCCCGCCCUUUUUGAUUGUCCCAGGCCCGCCCCGAGCCGGUGUCAUCUCCAAUCUAUACAUCGACGCGACGAGUAGGUUCAUGAUAUCUACUGCUGGAACUCGAGGAUGGGAAGGAACGAGCACCGAGGUCAUGAUUGGGUAUGAAAUCAGUGUUCCAAAGUAA